AUGUGUCGUUCCAAGCUACAGGUCCCAGCGCUCUUCAUUGACGGAGGAGCCAUCCCAAGGGAGAAGGUCGUGAAGAUCCUCGGCCUAUUCGUCGACCAGAGACUGACCUUUGCGGUUCACAUCAGGAAAAAGUGUGCCGAGGCACGGAAACGGAUUGGACUGCUGCAAGCGCUUGGUUGGGAACGAGCUGGCUUGGACCAUCGUCGGAUUAUCCGCACAUGGCACCAAGCAGUUCUACCUUUCCUUGCCCAUGCGGCCUCCAUUUGGGCUCCUGUCCUUUCGGGCUCACCUAAUCUUAGUAAGAUCGUAGAUAAUCUUUCUGGCUUUGUAGCCAGAGUCGCCAUAAGAGCACCGAGGACGGCCUCUACAGCAGCAGUCACCAUGAUGGCAGGCAUCGUGCCGGCCAGUAUCAUGGUGCAGACCCUAGGGGCUAGAAGAUCGGCUGCCAUAGGAGACAACGAGGCUUUGAGGAAGGCUCCUGGCAUCGGUCUAGUUGAAGGAGGCUGGCUUGUCGAGAAGAGGACGCCCCAUCCCCUUCCUCCUUGGAUCCCUCCCCUCCCUACGACUAUUCGUCCAAGGAAGGAGGCGCUGAAGGAGGCAGUGGAAUAUGAGGCCCCGGCCAUCUUCACCGACGGCUCGAAGCAUGGCGACGGCGCUGGCGGCGCUUUUAUAGCGAUUAUUGAUGGCUCUGCUGUUGAGAAACA